AUGAAUGAUUAUCAAGAUAUUAUUUGCUCUUAUUGUCAUAAAAUUAUAAGGGGAGUAGCAUAUAGUCAUUUGUUCUGGAGAUCUUAUAAAAUGUGUCUCUCUUGCAAAAAUAAUUUAAAAUCAUGCUUUGCAUGUGAAAAGAAAAUUAAGAAAAAUAUUUUUAAUUCUGUUUGUUGUAGUUGUGGUUCUUUAAAUGAUAAUUUAUGUGAGGAAUGUAGAAAAUUAGCCAUAGUAUGCUGUAACAAAAAUACAUCAACUAUUAUAGGAGAAAUUUUAUAUUUUUUAGAUAAUUAUUUAGAUAUAAAGAUACCUAGAGAUUUUAUUUUACUUCAGAAUAUUUAUACUUUUAAUAAAAUUAAUUUUAAUGAAAUGAAUCAUUGUUGCACUUUCGAAUAUGAUCUUAUAAAAAAUAACAAAAUUGAUAUUAGUAACUAUUAUCUUCCAUAUGAAAAGAGUAAAUUAAAUAAUGAAAAUAAUUCACAAAGUUAUACAAUGGAAAACUACUCAAAUAAAUCAUAUCAUUUAUCUGAUUCAUGCAUUUCUAACUUAAAAAAUAAAAUUUUAAUUGAUAUGAAAGAUAAAACAAAAGAAAAAAGUAACAUAAUCAAAAAUUUCUUUAAUGAAUUAAAUAUUUUAAAAAAAAAAAAGAAAAAUUAUGUAUAUUGCAAAAAUGAAACAAAACUAGUACAACCAAAUAAGGAAAAAUUAAAAAACACAAAUAAUACAAAAAUAAUUGUAUUAGAGAAAGAAAAAUUACCAAAUUUGAUUAAAGAAGAAGUAACUAAUAAUUUUAUAUCUUUUUCAAAAAAUAAAUCAAAUAAAAACGAAAAAAAGGAAAAUAUACGAAAUUCAAGAAUUUCAAGCUUAUAUAAUGCAACUUCACCUUUUUUAGAAUAUUUUAGAAAAAAAAGAGGAAUAAGUAAAAGUAGAAAAAAAAGUUGUGAUAAUAUCUUUUCUUCUGUAGAUGAAGAAAAUAAAGAAGAGAUGAAUUGUAACAAUUUAGAGGAAAAUAAAAUAAUAAUGGAAAAAUAUAACAUAAAUUUUAAAUUAUAUUUUAUGAAUAGAUAUAGGGAAAAUGAAAUAUAUGAUAGAUUAUUAAAUAAUGAAUUAAAAUAUUAUGAUAUAUUACAUCUUAAUAAUUUGUUUAAAAACAAAUUAAAUGAAACAACGGUGGCUUCUUGCGGUUGUGUAACUGUUUCAAAAAAAAAGUUAAUUCAAAUGCAUGAACAAAAUAAAGGUUUGUCUAAUUAUAAAUAUAAGAAUAUAAAUUUAGAAAAAAUCUUUAUUGAUGGUAAAGAAAAAAUUCAAUUAAUAGAUCACUUUUCAUUAACAGACUCUCUACCAAAAAUAUCUUUCUUUUUCUUUAUAUCUCAUGAAUUGAUGCAUACAUAUAUUUGGCUUUUAGAACCAAAAAAAUCUAAAAAUUUUAGAUAUAUUUAUCAAAUAGUUAAAAAGUUACAUGACAAUUCUUUUUUUGUAAAAAAACAAAAUGACUAUGAUUGUCACAAAAAUUUGUCUUUUUAUUUAUCUCCAGAAUUAGAAGAAGCUAUAUGUAUUUAUGUUUCAAUUCAAUUUAUUCAGAACUUAAAGAAUACUAUUAAUAGUUAUUCCAAAGAUAAUAUUUAUGAAAAGAAAUUAAUAAAUUAUUAUAUUCAAAAGUAUGAGUAUAGUAAAUCUCUUAUGUAUGGUAUUAAUUAUAGAUCAUUAAAAAAAAUUAUUCAUAAUUAUAAAAUUAAAGACAUAAUUAAUAUUAUCAAUGAUAUAUAUCUUUCAAAAUUUUAUCCUAUAAUUACUUUUGAUUUAUUAAAAGCUGUUAUUUCUUUAAUUAAUUUUAGAUUAUAA